UACGAGAUGGAGGUUUGCCGCCAUAUUUAGAACCUCGAAACGAGUUUCGAUUCUCUUGGCCGGCUUUGACCAAGUGUUUACACUUAGAUACCCUUAGUUUUGUGAAAGAGUUUGUAUGGUGGAAGAGUUCAAAUUGAACAAAAAACAAAUAUUUUAGUUUAAAACAACGAUGAAUAACGAGGAUGGAACACAUUCAUCCCUUAACAGCACCGAUACAAGCCAAUUCCUGCGAGAACUGCAGGCGCUGAACAGUGGUGCUGCAGGAAGCUUUCCAGGAUGUGGAAACUCAGCAGAGAUCAUCUUCUAUGAAAAGAACAGUGGCGGUUCAGGGGAUGCAACUCUGACCCAGCUUAUGAGAACAAUCUACAGUUCAGCACCUAAACAGAAAAUAGUGUUGCCUGGUAACCAUGAGGAGGAAAACAGCUUUAGUGUCUUUGGACGAGAAGUUGACAUUUUUAUCGCCACAAGUGGUGAAGGGCAGCGUGGUGGUAGCAACAAGGUGAAAAUUACUCCACUUGUAAACCAUGCUUGGGAAUCACGUUACUACUAUGGAAACUUGGUGGCUGUUCACCGUGACAAUGACUUCGUGGCAUUUGCACUUGCAGGAAAACCUGGAGGUGUAGUGCGAAUCCUUAGUCGUCGUACAGUAGAGCGGGCACUUCUGAAAGGAUUCUCUGGUUCAGUUGUUGACGUGGCAUUUGCUCAUAGUGAGGAGGUGUUACUAGCAUGUGUGGAUGAAAUGGGAAAUCUUUUUGUCUACAACUGCCAGUCUGCAAAAGAUGGAAAGAUAGUAACAGCACCUGUGCUGCAAAUUAAGCGUUCAGGCAAUCCACAAGCAAGCGAGUAUCAUCGUGUGAUCUGGUGUGCAUACUGGCCAGAUGACGAAGCUGAUGAGGAGGCAGAGAAUUAUCAGGACUGUUCCAAGAUGCUGGCUGUUACACAGGAAGAGAAGAUUGAGCUAUGGGCAGUGGAUGUUGUCACACGCGACUAUGGUAUCAGCCCGCUUACUCCUGAUGAUAUUGAAUCUGGUCUCAUUGUGGUAGAGGGACAUACUCAGCCUAUCAUUGAUGCAGUGUUUUCACCUGAUGGUUCAGCCCUAGCCACAGCAUCAUUAGAUGGGGAGAUUAAAUUCUUCCAGGUGGAUUGGCAAUACACUAAUAGCUCUCCAAGGUGCUUACAUCAAUGGAAACCACAUGAUGGCCAGCCCCUUUCAUUUCUUGCCUUUCUUGAUAACUUGAAGAACAUGACUGCAGAUGCACAGUUUUGGAAAUAUGCAGUAACUGGUGCCAAUAAGAACCAAGAGCUAAAGGUGUGGAGUUGCGAAAGCUGGAAUUGUCUUCAGACCAUAAGGUUUUUGGUUCCACCUGAUGCGCCUCAAACCAUGGAGCCAAUGCUGAAAGCUUGUGUGGAUUCCAGUUCUCACUAUCUUGUAUUGUCUGAUAAAGUUCAUAUGGUGCUCUAUGUCCUACAAGUUCAUCAAGACAGUCUGGCUACCACAGCACACAUUAGCUCAGUGGCAGAGUUCCCCCUCACUCAGCCCUGUCUAAGUCUUUCUAUUUUAGAGGCUUGCACCAAACGCUUUAAGCUCUCACCAAAUGAUUCACAUUUAGAUGAAAUAACCACAGGAGAGCUUGAACAGGAGAGAGAUGAAUCUCAAAACCGUGACGAUGAACUUGAAUAUAGAACAGGUGUUCAGCUACGCCUGUAUGGUGUUCACACAAAGGCACUUCAGGAACUUCUGAUCCGGUAUCGACCAGAGUCCUCUGUUCCAGCCAAUGGAUCAGCUGCUUCUUUGUCACAUGAUGAAACAAGUUUGCAUGAUGGCCUGUCAGAUAUGAGUGUUGGGGUGGAAACAAGUUUUGCUGACAGUGAAGAUGUUGAGACAAGUAUGACUUGUGGUCCUGGCCUUCCACGUGGAACUGUACUGCUCACUCCUGAAGCAUUUACUUCCACACCAGCGAAAGCAGUUUUGUCAGGACCUCUUCCCAACUCUUCAGGGGCAAAUGAGGACGUCCUCUCCAGCACUAGCAGUUUUACUCAUGUUACUGGAUUGACGGGCCAAAAUGUGGAUGAUGUUCUUCUCUCCCCUGGCAGCUCUGCUGAUCACUCUACCACCACAUUUGUCACCCCUUCUCCCAAAACACCUUACUCCCUCCCAAACACUUCUCAUAAUGAACAGAGAUUAAAUGGAAUCCCCCUUCAAAUGAAAUCCCCAACAAACAUUCCGCUACCUCCUGAAGAAGAAGAUGAACUGGCCACACCAAAGAGUUCCCUCCAUAGUAAUGAUAGUUUCACUCCAAGAAGUUCACACCACUCAAAUGAGACCUUGACACCUAGCAAUCAUAUGGUGGUAGGGGCUCACUCUCCACAAGUAGGAGACAUUCUGGAGGCUUUUUUUAAUCCAGCAUCGACACAACUGCAGGGAGACAUUGUCACAAACACAGGCAGCUUUGAGGUGGAUAGUCUAGUGCCUAAGGAGUCUUCUGCAGCAGAUGCUGGAGAUGCUGGGAAUGGUCAAGAUACAUACGACGAAAAUGACCAAGAGGUGGCUGAGGUACUAGGAGAGGAUUUGGACCAGUCUUAUCAGAGUAGCAUAUCCAGCACCACUGCAGUUAGUGGCCAGGGAGCCACUGGGGGGCCCACUGAACUUCCUUCUGAGCAAGUUGAAGAGAAGACAUCACAUAAGCCAUGGCCUCAACCACCUGAUGUCAGCUCAGAGGCCAAGAGAUUGACCACUCAAACAUUGCAACAAAUUACGCAGGAACAGGCAGAGAAGUCUGCAGAUGGUCAGGUUGAUGACGAGUAUUCUGAAGAUCAGAACGAAGAAGAGGAAGCUGAUAUUGAAGAGGAAAUAGAGGAGGAGGUGGUGAUAGAGGAAGAUGAGGAGGAAGAGGAAGUAGGACAGGCACGAGGAAGGAAUUACAGAGGUCGUGGUGGUGUCAGGGAAACACCAGUUCAAGUCAUUCGAGAGGUGGUGGACCGCACCAUGUUGAACAAGCUGCAAGAGUUUAUCAGUCAGCUGAAUGUGGAAGUAAGCAAUCAACAGCAGCAGCUACGGCAGCUGCAGCGUCAACUGGCUGAACAACAUGAUGUACAGAUGGAAUUACAGCGGCAGCAGCUUGAACAGACCACAUUGCGCAGUGCUGCACAUCCAAUAGCUGAUCUUGAGCAGCAGCUGGGUCGUGUGCAGAAUGUUGUGGCUUCCCGGGUGGAGAAGACAUUGGCACAGACACUGCAGCGAGAAAUAAAAACUUUACAUGAUCGACUUGUAACAAGCGAAUCUAGAACAGCAGCCCAGCAAGAAUCAUUUCAUCGAGGUGUCACACAGGCUGUGAGUUCAACAACACAGCGUGCACUAGAGGUUACAGUUCGAAAUGAAUUUAGGCAAAAUGUUGUACCAGUGGUUGCCAAGGCUGUUGAACAGCUGAAGGAACAAAUGCACACAGAGAUGGCUCAGAAACUGACUGCUACUGAUGCUGUCAUGAAGGAUAACAUUGGCAAAAUGGUUCGCUCUCGACAAACCAUAGAAGCUCUUAGCAUCACAGCAACUGGAGCUCUGCAGGCACCAUUGCAGUCAUUGCUGCGGGACACUUUCCAAACUCAUGUGAUUCCUGCUUUUGAGCAUGCCACACAGACCAUGGCCAAUCAGAUCAACACAGCAUUUCAGAGUGGUACUAAAGAAUACACAGCACAGCUCAAAACUCAUUUGGAGCAGGUUCGUCAAGAACAGGUUGUGGCACGUGACCCCUUGCUUGCACAGCUUUCAGCCUUUGCAGACUCCUUCAAACAGAGCACUGCGCAAUUUCAAGAACAGACACUUCAGACAGUGAAGGCAGAGAUUGGUAACCAGAUGACAAACUUCAUGUCCAGUUUCCAGGACCAAGUUCAGAAAAAUCUGCGUUCCAUGGUGCAGGAAGAAGUAGGGAAAGCACUGAAAGAACAUAGCACUACAAUGACAGAGCGCAUUAGCACCUACCUGCGUUCAACAGCAGGGACUCCCAUCCCUUCAAGCCAGACUCCAGACCCUAGCACUGUUCGUGCUUUGGAAGCACAGAUAGGACAUCUUGUUUCACAGGGUCGUCUGAACGAAGCUUUCCAAACAGCCCUGACAGCCUCCAACCUUGAGCUUGUUCUGUUUGUGAGUGAGAUGGUAGAUCCAGCAGUGAUUUUUCAGCGUAAUCCAUGCCCCCUGUCACAAGCAGUUCUUUUGUCCCUGAUACAGCAACUGUCUGCAGACCUCAAUUCAGCUGUGGGAACCAAAUUAAAGUUUAUCACUGAGGCAGUGACAACCUUGGAUCCAAAUGACCCCAUCACAAGGGAGCACAUUCCCACAGUGCUUGAGGCCCUUGUAGCUAAGCUACGCUACUUUCAAACAAAAAAUCCCACAAACAAGGACGUCAAAUUACUUAUUAUGGCUGCCAGGUCAAUGCUUGCCAGAUAAAACUGUGUGGAGUUGAUUUUAUUUGUUGAAAGUGGUCACCUUGAUCAUCAUCUCUCAAGAUCAAGUUGUAACACUUGUAAAGUUAUGCUGUUCAUGUGUGGAUGGAAUUUGCAUAAGUAAGGAUGGUAUUAUAUUUGGCUGUCUGUGUCUAUGUCUGCGAAGUCUGCCUAAUUGUAAAGUUACUGAAGGACUGUAUGAAGUUUAUAAUAAUGGUGGAGCCACUGGCCUUUUAGGCACACUGCCAGUUGAUUUUUAGACAGUUAUUUUAUGAUAUGUUCAUGAUGGAAUAAAGGGAUAUAGGAAAAGUUAUUUGAGCAAAUUCUUUGUUAGUCUGGUUUUGUUUUUCCCUUUUUUUAUGUUGUUAUAUUAGCAAUUUUGUAGAAGUGCGUGCCUUCAGUUAUUAUAAUGGUGCAUUAUCCUGACUGUAAUAUCUGUGUUACAAAAUUAAUCUAUUUUUAGCAAAUGUAUUAUCACUGAAUCAUCAGUAUUAUGCUAAAAAGUAGUCAUUUGAUGAAAAUGUUGAUUAAAAAAAAGGCAAGAAAUGGCUGAUGACGGAAGCCUUGAAGAUGGAGUUUGUAUCAGACUUCAUAAAUGUUCACAAUCGCUUUCACUACAGUCUGCAGAUGGAAGCAUUAAAAGACAGUAAAGAUGAAGAAAU